AUGAGCCGGACUUCCAUUCCAGAUCCACAAACACUCAGUCGGGGAAAGUGGGAAAAGUACAAAGGACGACGGGCGGCAUUACCAAAUUUGUUUGCCUUCGCGAUGGAUAGUUUGUUCAUUUUCCUUUAUUUUGUUUCUCUAAGCGCGUCUGUUGUCGCGCAAUCUUCUGUUGUAUGCGUUGCUGGGCAAUGCUUGCAGGGUAUCUCCAAUACCACUUUUGGUGUCAAGCUUUCAGGUACAGCAGGCUCAGUCCUUCUACUACCGGGACAAUACACUUCUACUACGAACCCUCAACUUGUUCAUUCACUAUUAACAUCGCCAUCUGCGUCUCUAUCAAAUUCGGCAGGAUUCAACUCAAGCACAACGGUUUCAUUGCCACUUAACAUCAAUCUCGAACCAGGUAUCGCCGUCUAUGCACAGUCAAAAUAUUCUGGACAAGCCGCCUUCUCGAGCCUCCCAACAUCACCCCUUGGCAAUAUCUCGACACCCCUCGCCGCAAAUUCUCUCGUUCUAGCAGACAAUGUCUGGGCCAUUGUGAGCAGCAGCUCAAGUGACAAUCGCGUUGUGCUCUGGGACUCGGUUCCAGAUAUAUCCCAGCUUCCGUCCGGAACCUCACAGUCAUUAUCCCUGGUAGACCUGCAAUCGACAGCGUGCUCUCCGCCGUGCUCGGGCUCUAGCGUGUGUUCAGCCUCGGGGACGUGUAUAUGUCCAGCAGGAUUCACCGGAUCUUCGUGUGAAAGCUGUGCGGACGGGUUCUUUGGUCCAACAUGCCAGCCGUGUCCGAGUGGAUGUACAUCCUGCGAUCAGGGUAUCUCAGGAUCAGGCAGAUGUUUGACCCCAGCUGUACCCAAUGCACCAUCGACAUGCAGUUGCUUAAAUGGCCAGUGCGGGAGUAACGGCCAGUGUACGUGUAACCCUGGCUGGGUGGCAAACACUAACGGCACCGCUUGUGCUAAAUGUGCACCUGGAUUUUUCCUCACGUCCACCGGAGAUUGCAAAGUUUGUCAACUUGGAUGCACUUCGUGCGCUGAUACGACUGGGACAUGUAUAUCGUGUGAUGAAGGCCUCACUCAAGAUGCAAACGACGGUACUAAAUGCAGCCCUCUAACUCCAAAAACAAGUGCCGGAAAUGUAUGCCCUGACGGCAGUUUCGUGAAUGGUGCAUCAUGCUCUCUGUGUUCUCCGUCCUGUCAAACGUGCAGCGGACCUUCAUCGAAUGACUGCAUAAUUUGCGCCUCGGGACAGUUCCGUCUCAACGGCAACUGCGUUGGCACCGAUUCUAAUGGUGUUUGUCAGGGUAGCAACGGAAUGGUAGCCGAUAAUGUCAAAAAGGAAUGCGAUACUUGUGGAGCCAAGUGUACCUCUUGUAGAAUUCCCAACUUCACACUCGCGUCCACGUUCGAUCAGGCGCAAUGUACCGACUGCUUGCCUGGAUUCGUUCUUUCUGAAGGGAAAUGCGUCGCAAGUUGCCCCACAGGUUCAUUUGUCUCGCCACAGGACAAUCUUACCUGUACCGCCUGUUCUUCCACAUGCGGUACUUGUGUGGGUGCGGCAGAUUUCUGCCUAACCUGUAAGCCCGGGCAAUUAGCCUCAUCCGGGCAAUGCGUAUCCACCUGCCCCUCCAAUACAUUCGCCUCCUCUGGCUCCUGCAUCAAGUGCCACCCAGACUGCGCAUCAUGCUCCGGACCCUCCUUCAACCAAUGCUCGACCUGCCCACCGGAUCGCCCCGUGCUCACCAACGGACGCUGUCUCCCCACAUGCGCAAAGGCGCAGUUCUUCGACCCCACAACGUCAUCGUGCCAGGCCUGCGACUCGAGCUGUUCGAGCUGCUCCGGCGCGGGCCCUUCAAACUGUCUCGCGUGCGCGAGCACGACGCAGGUGCUCCGCGGCGGCUCAUGCGUGUCUGCAAACUGCAACGGCGCGUCGAACGUCGUACCUGGGCUCGGCGUGUGCCUUUCGGAACUCGUGCAGGCGCCCAGCAGGACGGACCCCAACGCGCCCCCUUUGCCGUCGAUCUCGGGGCUCGGCGACCCAACUGUGAUCAACACGCGCCGGCCGCUGGCGUGGUGGCAAAUCCUGCUCAUGGCGCUCGGGUGCGCGUUUAUUUUUGUGGUUAUUGUUAUGCUGUGGAGGCGGAGGGCGAAGAAGCAGAGGGCGAAGAGGACGGCGAUGUUUGCGGCUGCGAAGAAAAUUGAUAGGCCUGGGCGGUGGAGGGACCGGCUGGUGCGCUUUGGAGAGAGGUUCUUUGGGCAUCGGGAUAGGCUGCAUAAGAUGAGAGGCGCCCAACGCGACGCGGAUAUGUUGCCUGUUGCGUAUAACCACCAUGAUCGCCACCUCGCGAACUCGAGACCUCAGAGUCUUGCCAGUUAUCGUCAGGAUAUCAAGCUGAAGCCGAUCCUGGUGACGCGGAAACCUGCCCCUCCGGUUCAGAACGAGCAAUCGAAGAAGAAGCGCGAUUCGAACGAUUCGGACAGUCUCCUUGACGCGUACGCGUAUUCGACGCGUUCUAGAUCAAGUUACUCGCCGUCAUCUUUGCCUGGUCUUGAUGAUCGCCACCAAUAUCGGCAGCGGAGCAGAGAGAGGCGUAUCGAGCAUGAUUCAUUGUACGCCGAGGUUACGGGCGUGCGGAGGAACACACCAGAACCCCGGCAACCGUUGAAGAGGGACGUCUCCGGUCUUUCCAGGCUAUCCAAUAAUACCGUUGACACGUACGCGAAUAGACGGGAAGUUAGUACCAAGGAAGGCGUGUUAGUGGACAUCGGAGAAGAACGGAGUACACCCGCUUUUCCAUUGCAGAUGACUGUGCCCUUAUCCUCGACCAACACCGGUGCUUCGUCGUCUAAUCAUAACCUGCUGUAUAACCUCGGGAUGCCCGUGACGGAAGCCCAAGCAUAUGCAAUGGCUAAUCGACCUGCCCUCGGAACAAAUCUUUCGCCACCGGUCCUGGGACCUGCCAUGACUGGUGGGGGUGGCAGCGUCAUGCCUAUUCCAAUCCACUUGGGUCCGGGCUCGAACAUGACUCCUGGAUCAUAUUGGCUCACACCAGUGGCGCCUCUUCCUACUGGUACACCUCAGCAACAGCAGCAAGACCCUUACCCUUCUGUCGACACAGUUGUUCUCCAGCCAAUGAUGACUGGAACCUCUUCUCGUAAUCCGUUCCGACAAGGGCACUUCUAA